UUAUCCAGCCAUUACGCACCCCCAAAUCAUAUCAGUAUAGCUUGUGUUGAUGUCUCGUGGACAGACUAAGUAAACCACAUUAUGCAAGAUUUUAGUUCUGCGUUAACCGAGAUAAAGCUUUUGUUAGCUUCAAUGGUGUAUACAGUAAAUAAUGUGGAGCUGUAAUCUUUCUGUCUGUGUGUGUUGUCCUCAGUGAUAACCUGUAAUUUUUCUGUCUGUGUGGGUUUUCCUCAGUGAUAAUUUGUAAUCUUUCUGUGUUUUUUUUCCCUCAGUGAUAACGUGUAAUCUUUCUGUCUGUGUAUGUUUUCCUCAGUGAUAACAGGUGAUCUUUCUGUGUUUUCCUCAGUGAUAACCUGUCAUCUUUCUGUCUGUGUGGGUUUUCGUCAGUGAUAACCUGCAAUCUUUCUGUCUGUGUGUUUUCCUCAGUGAUAACUUGCAAUCUUUUUGUCUGUGUGUGUUUUCCUCAGUGAUAACCUGUGAUCUUUCUGUCUGUGUGCUUUUCUCAGUGAUAACCUGUAAUCUUUCUGUCUGUGUGCUUUUCUCAGUGAUAACCUGUAAUCUUUCUGUCUGUGUGCUUUUCUCAGUGAUAACUUGUACCAGAUGGCCUCUCAGCUGGAGUGUGUAGCGUGGAACCCUGCUAACACACUGUCCACCAUCAAAAGUCAUGGGACAGGAUAUGAGAGUGACCCCACGGCCCCCCCUCCUCCGGUGGUCCUCAGCUGUAGUGCCCAGUACCACAUCCACACACACGGCCUCUACAGAGGACUACAGGAUGUGCGGCGGGUGCCUGGUAUCACACCGUCUGUGGUGAGGUCAUCAGAGACCAAUGAGAAGCGUCCGUUUGUGUGUGCCUACCCCGGCUGCAAUAAGAGAUACUUCAAACUUUCCCACCUGCAGAUGCAUGGCAGGAAACACACGGGAGAAAAGCCGUAUCAGUGUGACUUCACAGACUGUGGACGGAGAUUCUCCAGAUCAGAUCAACUGAAGAGACACCAACGCAGACACACAGGAGUGAAACCAUUCCAGUGUGAGACGUGUCAGAGAAAGUUUUCACGGUCAGACCAUCUUAAGACACACACUCGGACACAUACAGGUAAAACAAGUGAGAAGCCCUUUACAUGCCGCUGGUCCAGCUGUCAGAAGAAGUUUGCCAGGUCUGAUGAGUUAGUUCGCCACCACAGCAUGCACCAGAGGAACCUGAUCAAAUUACAGUCUGCCAUCUGACCAGUACUAAACCGGUUUGGACUGGACAGGACUGGAUUGGACCGUACCAAACACAUAGCCAUCUGAGCAACAAUGAUGACUGGACCUAAGCCCACCGAGUGCCAUAAGUGGAAAGUACAACUCAAAUAUGGCCUCUAUUGCUCCAACUAAAGAACAUAGUUUCACCAUGCACCCCUUUGGAUGGAAGACGAAUAGAUCAAUGCCACCUCAGAUUUAUGUCACAUCAGCCAAUGAAUAUCAACGGUUACUGUAGCU